AUGACGAUAUGGCCUGGAACGGCCACACAAGGCGGACUGGGGCCAGGUACGGGCGGCUUCGAGCUACAGCCAGGCGAAAGCAAGAACUUGGCCGUGGGCUCCAACUGGCAGGGAAGAAUUUGGGGACGCACCAACUGCACCGUCAAUGGUGAAUCUUGCGCUUGUCAGACGGGAGACUGUUUUGCCAAGCUUGACUGCCAGUUCAGUAGCGCUGUUCCAGCAACUCUUGUAGAGUUUAACCUUGCAGGUGGCGUGAAUGGAAUGCAGACGUUUUAUGAUAUUUCACUGGUUGACGGCUACAAUCUUCCCGUCGGCAUCGAGCAUAUUCCGUCUGAGAACACAUCUUUCGUUCCACCGAACCUGACCAACUCGGCGUGUGUCGCAACAGCGGGUUGGUUGUAUGAUGUAGCACAACCAGCCACCUAUUCCUCCAACGAAACCUUUCCUAUACCCUUGGAGAAGAACGAGACAAACGAUAUGCUGUCCAAGUGGUGUCCCUGGCGCAACUUGGCCUUUCCACCGCAAAAGCCCAGCGACGGCAUCUACCCCUACCCAGACGACAACAUUCAGAGGCCCUCAUUUUCGCCAUGCAAGAGUGCUUGCGCCACGACAGGGAGUGACAGUGACUGUUGCAUUGGCAAGUACCACGACCCAACUCUUUGCAAGCCGUCCAUAUACAGCAAAAAUGUCAAGGCUGUGUGCCCUGACGCGUACAGCUUUGCUUUUGAUGAUCGCAGUUCAACGUUUAUCGUGCCAAAGGGUGGUGGUUGGAGGAUUGUCUGGUGUCCAGCUGGACGAUCGACUGAUAUUCUAAACCAGCUGGCGGCACAGAUGUACGAGCUCGCGAGCGGCGGUAAGCUGUCAGAGCUGUCAAUGAGAAGGCUGGGUAACGUUUCAUUUGUGAACUCUCGCAAGCAAUCCAUAAACGAAGAAUCCGCCGGUAAGAGAGUGUACUACCCACUGGUGCUUCUUCUGGCUGCCACGGGGCUUGUCUUGGUUAUGACCUAG